AUGAAGCUUCAAGGUGUUGCUUUACAGUCGAAGGCCGCCAAGAAGAAGUCCAGCAAGAAGAGAUCCGGAUCUGAGGCCGCUCAAUUCGAUCAGAAGACCAUCAAUGAAUUCAAGGAGGCCUUCGGUAUCAUGGAUCAGAACAAGGACGGUAUAAUCGACAAGAAUGACCUCAAGGAUCUCUACGCGACUAUGGGACAAAUCGCCUCUGACAAGCAGAUCGAGGACAUGAUCAAAGAGGCGCCUGGACCGAUCAACUUUACUGUCUUUCUGACGUUGUUCGGAGAGCGAUUGACAGGCGAGAGCUUCUCCUUUGCCACUGUUGACUUUAGAAAGCUGCACUCGUAA